AUGACUACACUACAGCCCCGCGGUCCAUACUCGCAAGAGGAGCUCAAAAAGUUAUACCCCGAUGAGCUACAACUCCAACUUGUUCAGGUUCUAAUGCGACAUGGCGAACGAAGUCCCGUUUCUGCGAGAUUUCAGAAUGCUGGACUACAACCUUACUGGCCGUAUUGCUCAGCAGCUCGGCGAAUGGUGAGCGCUACAAUGGAAGCCAAUUCAUCAGAUUGGACUCCUCUGCAAUGGAGACGUCGCCUGGAAACAUUCGGCAAUGAUGAUGGCCCUAUCAUUGCACGAGGACCUCGAGGAGAAGUGGAUGAUGUUUGCAAUCUGGGUGAAUUGACAGACAAGGGGAGAGAAACGACUUCACAGUUGGGAACUCGACUUCGAAGACUUUACAUUGACCAAUUGGGAUUCCUCCCUCAGAUGAUACACAAUACCGAUUUCUUGUACCUCCGCGCGACGCCAAUCCCAAGAGCUCUGGAAUCAAUGCAGGAAGCUUUCUUCGGCAUGUAUCCGCCCUAUGCCCGCGCUGCAGCUUGCCCACCGCCAACUAUAAUCACACGCUCGCCUUCUGAUGAGACUUUAUUCCCAAAUGAUAGUGGUUGCAGAAGAUUUGCUCAAUUAUCCAGAGCUUUCGCACAGCGAACCGCUGAUCGUUGGAACGAAACAGACGAAAUGGAAUAUUUAAACUUCCUUAUUGGCAAGUGGAUGCCGGAUUCGAGUAAAAGAGUAGCCGUCGAUUCUCACCCCAGACUUUCCGGUAUUAUGGACACCAUUAAUUCCACCCUAGCCCAUGGUCCUGAAACCAGAUUACCCAAAGAAUUCUACGAUCAAAGAGGUCGGGCUAUCAUAGAGAAAAUAGGGGUUGAGGAAUGGUUUACUGGAUAUAACGAGUCAGAAGAAUAUCGCUCUCUUGGUAUUGGUGGACUCAUGGGCGAUUUAGUCGAGAGAAUGGUUGGAAGUGUUGAGCAUAACGGGCAAGAUGGCUUGUUUGAAACUGGCGGUGAGAAUGGUUCGACUGGCAUUGGAAGAGGAGGGGAGAGAGCUAUCAAGAUGGGCUUAAGUGGUUGCCAUGAUACAACUCUCGCUGCCGUUCUUACUAGCCUCGGGGCAUUCGACGAUCGGCCUUGGCCACCUUAUACGUCUCAUAUUGCUUUAGAGAUGUUUCGUAAAAAGCAACCCUCGCUUGGAGAACCCAAGUAUGAGCUCCCCAGCAACAGUACUGGUACAGGAAAAGGACUGCUUUCAAUAUUUGGAUUGGGCAAGAAAACUGAAGCAGGCCCCAUCGGUAUUGCAAGGAAGAAGCUUAGUGACCUCUCAGAAACGGAGAGAUCCAAGCUAGAUGGAUAUUAUGUUAGAAUUCGUUAUAAUGAUGAAGUUGUGACAGUUCCUGGGUGUAGGCCACAAGGCAAACAUCUCGAUGGCGACCAGUCAUUCUGUACAUUGGCGGAAUUCAAGAACAUAGUCGACAAGUUCACUCCUGCUCACUGGAAGAAGGAUUGCUUAAGCAAUCUAGAUGCACCGGCUUUCCCCAAGAUUAAAGAGCCUGCAGGAUAUUAG